ACCUCAGUACAGGGCGCGGUACUAUUAGAUCUGCUAGCCACAGGAAAGGAAGUUUGGGGAAAUUUGGCAACUAAUUAGCAACCUAUCACCUGUAGAAUCCUUCCUAGGGACAAACUUUACUCUUGUGAGAAUUAUCAGUUGUUUAGCCUCGCAGAGCAAACUGUCGUCAUGGCGUCGCCAUAACAGUGUCCCGUCAGAAGGCCAUACAUUGGUCAAUAUUACCGGUCACUUGGAGAUAGAGGCACAUGACCACCACCUCUCCCCUCAACCCGGUUACAGGGUAUUCAGAAGGGCACAGUCGAGCCAGGCUGCCUGCUGGACAUAGGCUUAGAUUAAUAAUAGUAAUAUAUUAGAAGUUCGCGAUCGGUUGUCCUUAUAUUUUACUUCAUCAUGGCGGAUGGAUGCUGCGCCAGCUGUAGCAAGGUUCUCUUGUUCAUUUUCAACACGUUCUUCUGGUUGAUGGGAGCCGGGCUCCUGGCUGUGGGGAUCUGGUCUCUCGUCGACCCAGGCUUGAAGAACUUGACCUUACUCGACCUCUCCUACUUCAACGCGGUGUCGUACAUGUGCAUCGCGGCAGGGGGCGUGAUUAUGGUGGUGGGCUUCCUGGGCUGCUGCGGCGCCAUCACGGAAAACAAGUGCAUGCUCAUCACGUUCGCGAUUUGCCAGUUCCUCAUAAUCGGCCUGAUGCUGUCCGCUGGUGUCGUCGGUCUGGUCUACAGGAACAGGGUGUCCGAAGAGUUGACGUCUGUUGUGAAUGAUGUUGUCGACAGUUCUACAAAAAUCGACCAAAAACCAGCAUACUUCCUCGAUGCUACAGUGGCACUACAGGAAACCUUCAAAUGUUGCGGUUACGACAGCUACAACAACUGGCAGAACCCAGGUAACGUGCGCUCAUGUGACUGCAGCGGAGAAACGGACAAAGACGAGUACUGUAAUGACAACAACCGACGUUACUACAGGCCUUGCCUGGACCUUUUCGAUGAGUACCUAUCCUGGGGUGUGCAGCUGGCUGCUAUCACUGUCAUGGCGCUCUCCGUCCUACCGCUGAUCGGCCUGUGUAUGACCAUCUGUCUCAUCAAAGGAAUAGGCACCGACGUGGGAGUGGUAUAACUAUGGUACACAAUGUUACAGGAGCAUGGAGUAUGAGUAGGGCGUUUCGGAUUGUCUAGUAUCAUUUUUAAACGCUUCAUACAUUAGAAUAUGAUCUUGAUUUCCUAUUUACAAAGUGGUGAAAUGAUACAAUUUGUAAAAAGUCCCAUGAAAUAGCAGCUUUGAUCAUAUUUUCGGAAUUUUCUAUUCAAUUAAUCCUACUUUUCACUAUCGCAAGGAGGUAUCUCAUAUAUCCACGAUAUUUCCAAAGUCUCAUACUUUCUUAACAUAAUGCUUAAAUAUAAUCAUAAGGCUGCGGGAACCGCAGAAAUGUUUGAAUAACAUCACUUGCUAAGAAAUUUAGAUGUCCAGUAUCUAUGCAAAUAACAGUCAGGAAGUGUUAGGAACUUUAAUUUGUUAAAACACAGUUAGGAAGUGUGACGUAGGACAUUUGUAUAUCUUUUGUGGGCAAAAGAUCGCUCGUAGACGUCAUAGGCCACAGAAGUUUAGCACGUAAACGCGAUGUGCAUAUAGAGACAGAUAAAGAGAAGAUAUGUGUUAUACAGAAUGAACAUGUAGCAAUGUAUUCUAUAUUUGCCUAAGGUUUUAUGUCGGUUAGUCCCCAACACGUGUAGCUUUGUUGCAUCGUGCAUUCGUAGUUUUCCAACAUAUCUGUAAAAAUUCUGCUUCUUAAUUUAAAAUAUGUGGCUUAUAGAUAUUGUGUCAAACAUGUUGAGGUAUAUGGCAAACAAGAGAUUUAAUUAAACAUCGUGUUUAAGCUUUA